AAUCAGUCAAACUCCACAGCUGCCAGGAAGGCCCAAGAAGUUGCUGAGUUUGGGGCUCGGAUCUGAGGACCUGAAAGGUCCUGUCAGCCCAUCCUAGACACCGUGAAGACACCAGUGACCAAAAUCCAGUGGCUGGAGCUGGUGCCAUGUGCCCGUGGAGCCACAGGCUCUGGGUGCCUCUGUCCAGUCCUGACUGCUAGCCUCAGAGAAGCCAGAGGCCUAGGCAACAUACAAGAGUGUCAGCAGACAGAUGCAUCUAGGGCUGUGGGGCUCCUGAGCAGGCCACCAGGGAAGAAGAUGCCAGCCAAGGGGCGCUACUUCCUAAAUGAGGGUGAUGAAGGCCCCAACCAGGCAGCGCUCUAUGAGAAGUACCGCCUCACCAGCCAGCAUGGGCCACUGCUGCUCUUGCUCCUCCUGGUGGCUGUGGUCACCUGCAUUGCACUCAUCAGCAUCACCUUCAGCCAUGAGGAUCCCCCCAGACACCAGGCUCUCCUGGGCACCGCAUUCUUCAUGCUGACGCUGUUUUUGGCUCUCUAUGCGCUGGUCUAUGUUGAGUGCCUGGUGCGGCGAUGGUUGCGUGCCUUGGCUCUCCUCACCUGGGCCUGCCUCAUGAUGCUAGGCUCCGUGCUGGUGUGGGACUCCUGGAAGAACGAAGCCUGUGCGUGGGAGCAGGUGCCUUUCUUCCUGUUCAUCGUCUUUGUGGUUUACGCACUGCUGCCCCUCAGCACGCGGGCAGCCAUCACAGUGGGGAUGGUCUCCACUGUCUCCCACCUCCUGGUGUUUGGAGCUGUGACCGGAGCCUUCAAGAUGUCCAUGUCUGGCGCACAGCUGGGGCUGCAGCUUCUGGCCAACGCCAUUAUCUUCCUGGGUGGGAACUUCACGGGGGCCUUUCACAAGCACCAACUGCAGGAUGCUUCCCGGGACCUCUUCACCUACACCGUCAAAUGCAUCCAGAUCCGCCGGAAGCUGCGUGUGGAGAAGCGCCAGCAGGAGAACCUGCUGCUUUCGGUGCUCCCAGCCCACAUAUCCAUGGGCAUGAAGCUGGCCAUCAUUGAGCGCCUCAAAGAGGGCGGUGACAGCCGGCACAUGCCUGACAACAACUUCCACAGCCUCUAUGUCAAGCGGCACCAGAAUGUCAGCAUCUUGUACGCAGACAUCGUGGGCUUCACAAGGCUGGCCAGCGACUGCUCCCCGAAGGAGCUGGUGGUGGUGCUGAAUGAACUGUUCGGGAAGUUUGACCAGAUUGCCAAGGCCAACGAGUGCAUGCGGAUCAAGAUCCUGGGUGACUGCUACUACUGUGUGUCAGGCCUGCCUGUGUCGCUGCCCACCCACGCCCGCAACUGCGUGAAGAUGGGUCUGGACAUAUGUGAGGCCAUUAAGCAGGUGCGUGAGGCCACAGGAGUGGACAUCAGCAUGCGUGUGGGUAUCCACUCUGGGAAUGUGCUGUGUGGGGUCAUCGGGCUCCGCAAGUGGCAGUAUGAUGUGUGGUCCCAUGAUGUGUCCCUGGCCAACAGGAUGGAGGCGGCUGGAGUCCCUGGCCGGGUGCACAUCACAGAGGCGACGCUGAACCACCUGGACAAGGCAUAUGAGGUGGAGGAUGGGAACGGGCAACAGCGCGACCCUUACCUGAAAGAGAUGAACAUCCGAACCUACCUGGUGAUCGACCCUCGGAGCCAGCAGCCGCCCCCACCCAGCCAGCACCUCCCCAAGCCCAAGGGGGAUGCCGCCCUGAAGAUGCGGGCUUCUGUUCGUGUUACCCGCUAUCUCGAGUCCUGGGGGGCAGCCCGGCCCUUUGCACACCUCAACCACCGGGAGAGUGUGAGCAGUAGUGAGACCCCCAUUCCCAAUGGACGGAGGCCAAAGGCCACUUCUCUGCGCCGACACCGUGCCCUUGACAGGAGUGCAUCCCCCAAGGGACGCCUAGAUGAUGACUGUGAUGAUGAGAUGCUGUCAGCCAUUGAGGGGCUCAGCUCCACCAGGCCCUGCUGCUCCAAGUCUGAUGACUUCCACACCUUUGGUCCCAUCUUCCUGGAGAAGGGCUUCGAGCGUGAGUACCGCCUGGUGCCCAUCCCCCGGGCUCGCUACGACUUCGCCUGUGCCAGCCUUGUCUUCGUCUGCAUCCUGCUUGUCCACCUUCUAGUGAUGCCCAGGAUGGCCACUCUGGGUGUGUCCUUUGGACUGGUGGCCUGCCUGCUGGUGCUGGUGCUAAGUUUCUGCUUUGCUACUGAGUUCUCGAGGUGCUUUCCAGCCCGAGGUACACUCCAGGCCAUCUCGGAGAGUGUGGAGACGCAGCCCCUGCUCAGGCUGCCCCUGGUUGUGCUGACCGUUGGCAGCCUGCUGACUGUUGCCAUUAUCAACAUGCCACUGAUGCUUAACCCAGGCCCGGAGCAGCCCGGAGGCAAUGAGACAAGCCCACUGGCUGCCAGGAAUGGAUUUGGGACCCCGUGUGAGCUCCUCCCGUAUUACACCUGCAGCUGCAUCCUGGGCUUCAUUUCGUGCUCCGUCUUCCUGCGGAUGAGUCUGGAACUGAAGGCCAUGCUCCUGACGGUGGCCUUGGUGGCUUACCUGCUGCUCUUCAACCUCUCCCCAUGCUGGCACGUCCCAGGCAACAGCACUGAAACCAACAGUACACAUAGGAUACCUCCACUUCUGCCUGCUGCACAAGGCACGCACAGCCACACCCCUGCUCUAGGGGCCCAGGCGACUGCUCCUUUCCCCAGCAGAUGUUUAGAGAGAGACCUGAAGACUAUGAUCAACUUCUACCUGGUCCUGUUCUAUGCCACCCUCAUCUUGCUGUCUAGACAGAUCGACUACUACUGCCGCCUGGACUGUCUGUGGAAGAAAAAGUUCAAGAAGGAGCACGAGGAGUUCGAAACAAUGGAGAACGUGAACCGCCUCCUCCUAGAAAACGUGUUGCCAGCGCACGUGGCUGCCCACUUCAUUGGUGACAAGGCAGCUGAGGACUGGUACCAUCAGUCCUAUGACUGUGUGUGCGUCAUGUUUGCGUCUGUCCCGGACUUCAAAGUGUUCUACACUGAGUGCGAUGUCAACAAGGAAGGGCUGGAGUGCCUGCGUCUGCUGAAUGAGAUCAUCGCUGACUUUGACGAGCUGCUGCUAAAGCCCAAGUUCAGUGGUGUGGAGAAGAUCAAAACCAUUGGCAGCACCUACAUGGCCGCAGCAGGGCUCAGUGUCCCCUCAGGACAUGAGAACCAGGACCUGGAGCGGCAGCAUGUGCAUAUUGGUGUCUUGGUGGAGUUCAGCAUGGCCCUGAUGAGCAAGCUGGAUGGAAUCAACAGACACUCCUUCAAUUCCUUCCGCCUCCGAGUUGGCAUAAACCAUGGGCCUGUGAUUGCUGGAGUGAUUGGAGCACGCAAGCCUCAGUAUGACAUCUGGGGAAACACAGUCAAUGUUGCCAGCCGAAUGGAGAGCACUGGAGAGCUUGGGAAAAUCCAGGUUACAGAAGAGACAUGCACCAUCCUCCAGGGACUAGGAUAUUCUUGUGAGUGCCGAGGGCUGAUCAACGUUAAAGGCAAAGGAGAGCUGCGGACUUACUUUGUUUGUACAGACACUGCCAAGUUUCAAGGGCUGGGACUGAACUGAGGUGUCUGGUAGUCAGUCUCCUUCCCUGAAGGAGCCAAGAAUGCAGCCCCAUGCCAGUUGCAGUUGGCUGUGUGGCUUCUUUGGACUUGCACUACAGGAUGGCUUUGACACAUGCAUCAGAUCUGUUUGAAGCAGCCACUGAGUUGUCCACAGAACCUCUGCGCUUCAGCCUCUACAGUUCCCAGGGUGUUGGGGAAGAGACCUUAGUGCAUGACCAAGACUAACACCCACCUGGGGGCCAGUGAACAGCACAUACAGGGUGACAAACCCUCUCCUGGUUCCAGGAGGCUCAGCCAGGCUGUCUUGCAUAGGUUGAAGCCUCCCUCUUCCCAUCAGUCCCACCAUGGGAUAGUAAUCUCUCUUGUAGGCAUCUGGUAAAUGGAGUUGAAAACAGUGUGCAUAUUGGCAGGUAGUCUCAAACAGUAGAGAAAAAUUCCUAAUUGACAUGUCACUUUUUAUCAACUCUGGUUUAUGUUUGAAAUGGAUAUGUUAUUAAUGGGAGUUUUAUCUUUACUAUGUACGGACUCUUAGAUGCCAGACAACAAUCUGCUUUCUAGUCUAUUUUCUCGUCUUAACCACUGACCACAUGUAAACAGGACUGCUGUUCAGUGUCAGUUAACAGGAUCAGCUUGGCUGUAGGAACAGAGUUCUGAGGAAUGGGGCUCACAGCAACAUGCAAGGAGCAGAAGCCUUGGAGCUGCAUCAAGCAUUUUUUGAUGUAAGUCAUUUGGGACAAGGUUCAGGAAGCUGAAAGUAUACAAAUGAGGUCUAAUGUUUCAGUUCUUCUGUCUGCACUUUAUUUAUUUUUUUGGAAACAAGGCAGCCUAGGCUGGCCUCAA